CAACGCCCUAGCAACAACCGGAUAACCACGAGAUGACCAGCUGUAUAAACACCACACCUCAUUUCCCUCGUCUCGGCGAUAUCGCGCUGCCUCCUCCCUCCCUCCUGAGUGAUUUCGACGGCUACCACUGGGGAAUCUUCGCUGCCUCCUCCACAAAAAGACGCCAUCGCUGACUUGUCGCUGCGCUCACCGAAGUCUCGCUGCCCCCGCGGUUGGUUUCCAGCGCCCACACCGACCUUUCGCUGCCCCACCCUCAAUAGCGUCCCAGUCAGCGAAACCUCGCUGCUGGCAGCGUUUUUAUCGCCGAACUUACGCUGCCCUCCCUGAUUUCGACGCCUUUUCGCUGCCCAUGGUCGUUCUGUCGCCGAACUUUCGCUGCCAUCCCCUGAUUUCGACGCCGUCAGCGAAUCUGCGCUGCCCCCAACUGUUUUCGUACGUUCUCGCCGGUAUUUCGCUGCCUCCCUCUGAUUUUGCCGCAGUCGCCGAACUUUCGCCGCCCUCCCCUGAUUUCGACGCACCCAGCGAAUCUUCGCUGCCCCCGGCUGUUUUCGCACGUUCUCGCCGGUAUUUCGCUGCCUCCCUCUGA